AUGGCAAUCAGACAUUUUAGGCGCAAGGAAAUCCCCGAAGAUGUAUCAAGUUCUUCAGACGAAUCCUCCUGCGAAGAUCAAAGAGUUGGUGAAGUACAAUCCGUUUCAAGAGCAACUGGUGAGGAAGAAACUAUUCACAAGUCAGCUAGUCUGGAACUUGAGCUGAGUGACGAUGAAGAACCGUUAGAGAAGGUGGUAGAACCAGAGAACGUGGCAGCAGGUGCUAAUAUAGAAUCCAAAGACAAAAAGCCAGCCGCGGAGAAUGAGAAUACAGAAAGUGAACACACUGCAUCAAGCGACGAAUCUUCUGAUACUUCAUCAAGUGAAGACGACUACGCACUCCAUAAACCUGUGUUUCUAAAACGGACGAAGAAAUCUGGUCUUACGGAGGAUUUGCGGAAGCGCAACUCAACUGGUGGCCAGGAGGCACACACAGCAGUAGCAUCGCGAGUACGAGAAGAAGGAGAGAGAGCUAAAAAGGCUGAGGAACUCGCUGCAGUUGCUGCUUGCAAUUUUAGCGCGGAUCAAGACCUUCUUAAGGACAUUAUGACGCUCGAUGACAACGACGAUAAAGAUCCAGAAGCCGAGCGUGCGCAAUGGGAAGAAAGACAAAAAAUUCGUGCAGUCCGCUGGCGUCAAAUCUUGGAAGAGAAACAGAGGGAACUUGAGGAUCGCGAAUACGCAAAACUGGCAAGUGGUUUGAAUACUGAUAAUUUCGCCAAGAGUUACUCUAUUUCUCAAGAAAGGAUACUUGACGAUCCUCGAAAACAAAAUCAAGAAUCAAUCAACAUCUCUGCUCAGUCUAGUAAACCUCUUCCUCUAGUCGGUGAUUCUGGGAAACGGAAACUGAAAACUCGAGAGUCAAGAGGCGAGAAACACAAGAGAUACAACCCACAAUCGCUUAAUAAGAAAGACAUAAUACUUCGCUCGGCGCAUCCCCGCGAGGUUGAAGAUGCUGAGAACGAAUACUCAGUGAUUUAA